GGAAUAGAGAAGUUUAACAGGCGCUGCAGCCGGUUCUGGACAUUGUUGACUGUAACAACGCAAUAAAUGCCAUUUCUGCAUCUGUGAAUUCGUAGAAUUCGGCGAAUUCAACAUGCCUUCUUAUAAGCUGACUUACUUCCAUCUUACGGGAUUGGCCGAGCCCAUUCGCUUGCUGUUCAGUUAUGCUGGUAUCGACUUUGUGGAUGAACGUAUCGACAAGAAUGAUUGGCCAAAACUUAAGCCGACUAUGCCAUUUGGGAAAGUACCUGUGCUCGAGGUCGAUGGAAAGAGAAUCCAUCAGUCUGUAGCUAUCGGCCGUUACGUGGCGAAACAAUGUGGUCUUGCUGGCAAGAACGAUUUGGAGUCUCUGGAAAUCGACUCAACCGUCGAUACCAUACAAGAGUUAUUAGAACAUAUUUAUGUGAACUACGUACGGGCUAAGGAACAGAAACUCGAGAUUGUCGAUGAGACGGUGUCGUAUUACUUGGGACGUUUGGACGCUCAAGUAAAGAGGAACGGUGGUCACUUCGUCGGCGGUGCUCUGACGUGGGCUGAUCUCACUUUCGUCGGUGUCUUGGAUUAUUUAAAUUUCCUGACGAAAGAGAAUGUCGUUGAGAAGUAUGAGAACCUGAAACAACUCCGAAAGAAAGUCGAGGAGAUACCGGCCAUCAAGAGCUGGAUCGAGAAGCGUCCGCCGACUUUGUACGAAAAUAAGAUGCCGACGUACAAGCUAACGUAUUUUGAUGUUACCGGCCUUGGAGAGUCACUUAGGUUCCUGUUAAGUCAUAGUGGCGUUAAAUUCGAGGAUGUUAGACUCAAGUUCGAUGAUUGGCCGAAGUAUAAACCAAACAUGCCCAUGGGACAAAUGCCGGUCCUGGAAAUCGACGGUAAGCAGUAUCAUCAGUCCAGGGCGAUCGGUCGCUUCCUCGCGAAGAAAAACAAUUUAUACGGAUCCGAUGAUUUCGAGGCCAUGGAAAUCGAUGCCGCUGUUGAUUCUAUGGACGAUAUAAGACAAGCUCUGUCCCUUUAUUAUUGGCAACAAGAUCCCGCCCUCAAAGAGAAACUCAAGGAGACCGCCUUCGAAAAGUGGCCCUACUAUCUCGACAAAUUUGAGGAACAAGUUAAAAAGAACGGCGGAUACUUCGUGAAUGGCAAGCUGUCGUGGGCAGAUUUCCUGUGGGCUGGAUAUUGUGAGUACCUGAGCUUCAUCCUGGGCGGAGACCCGAACAAGGAUCAUCCCGAAUUGAAGAAGCUAGUGGACAAAGUUCGCGCUUUGCCCAACGUUAAAGCUUACAUCGAGAAGCGACCCAAGACUCAAUUGUAUAAUCUUGAUAACAUAGGUCAAGAUGAAGACCGUAUCGUUGCUCCGUUUAAUUUACGUUCUAACAAAACGCUCAGUCGUUCUCGAUCCGUGAACAACUCCGCAUCGAUGGCUUCGAUUUUUACGAGAGACCAGAUUACAGAGAACAUGCCUACGUACAAGCUAACAUAUUUCAAUGCUACCGGCCUUGGGGAGUCUAUUAGGUACUUGUUAAGUUAUUAUGGCAUCAAAUUCGAAGAUGUCAGAGUAGACUUCAAUGAUUGGGCGACUUAUAAACCAAACAUGCCCAUGGGACAAAUGCCGGUCCUGGAAAUCGACGGUAAGCAAUAUCAUCAGUCCAGGGCGAUCGGUCGCUUCCUUGCAAAAAAGGGCAAUUUAUAUGGAUCCGAUGAUUACGAGGCCAUGGAGAUCGAUGCCGCUGUUGAUUCUAUGGACGAUUGUAGAUUACCUCUGACCCAUUAUUAUUGGGAACAAGAUCCCGACUUCAAGGAGAAACUUAAGGAGACCGCCUUCGAAAAAUGGUCUUUGUUUCUCGACAAAUUCGAGGAUCAAGUUAAAAAGAACGGCGGAUAUUUCGUGAAUGGCAAGCUGUCGUGGGCAGAUUUCGUGUGGACUGGAUAUUGUGACUAUCUGAGUUUCAUCCUGGGCGGGGAUCCGAACAAAGAUCAUCCCGCAUUGAAGAAGCUAGUGGACAAAGUUCGCGCUUUACCUAAGAUUAAAGCUUACAUCGAGAAGCGACCCAAGACUGAAUUGUAAAUAAAACAAAAUUUGUGAUUUUAUACUCUUCCUUUGAUUUGUCGUUCUUAAUUAAUAACUAUUUUUUUUCGAAAUGUUUUCUGAAAAAAUAGAAUGCUAUAAUGCGUUAUUUCCGAAUAGCUUCAGCCAAUUUCACUGCGCUUUCACAACAACUAAUAUUAUUACGUAACAAAUAUAGAAA